AUGACUACUGUGGUUCCCCUUCCUCUCCCCACCCUCCCCGAGGGCUGGACCGCCGAGAAGGACUUCAAGGCCAUCGGCAAGAUCGCCCAGAAUGAGGUUACCCAGCGCGCCAUCGAGCCCGUCGGCCCUCACUUCCUCGCCCACGCCCGCCGCGCCCGCCACAAGCGCACCUUCUCCGAGGAUGACCGCAUCCAGGCCCAGGAGCGCGCCAAGAACGUCGAGGAGGACAACGAGAGCGACGUCAGCGAGCCCGAGGACCCCAUGAUGCUCUCUCGCGAUGCCAAGGACUGGAAGCAACAAGAUCACUACAAGGUUCUCGGUCUCUCCAAGUACCGCUGGAGGGCCACUGAGGAGCAGAUCAAGCGCGCCCACCGCAAGAAGGUCCUCAAGCACCACCCCGAUAAGAAGGCUGCCGCCGGCCGCACCGAGGACGACAACUUCUUUAAGUGCAUCCAGAAGGCCACCGAGGUCCUUCUCGACCCCAUCAAGCGCCGCCAGUUCGAUUCCGUUGAUGAGGAGGCCGAUGUCGAGCCCCCCACCAAAAAGCAGCUCCAGAAGGGCAACUUCUACAAGCUCUGGAGCAACGUCUUCAAGGCUGAGGGCCGUUUCAGCAACAUCCAGCCCGUCCCCAGCUUCGGCAACGAGGACUCCACCCGCGAGGAGGUCGAGAACUUCUACAACUUCUUCUACAACUUCGACAGCUGGAGGUCGUUCGAGUACCUCGAUGAGGAUGUUCCCGAUGACAGCGAGUCCCGCGACCAGAGACGCCACACCGAGCGCAAGAACCUCAACAGCCGCAAGAAGAGAAAGGCCGAGGACAAUGCUCGUCUCCGCAAGCUGCUCGACGACUGCUCCGCCGCCGAUGAGCGUAUCAAGAAGUUCCGCCAGGAGGCCAACGCCGCCAAGAACAAGAAGAAGCUCGAGAAGGAGGCUGCCGAGAAGAAGGCCGCCGAGGAGGCUGCUGCCAAGAAGGCUGCUGAGGAGGCUGCCGCUAAGGAGGCCGAGGAGAAGGCCAAGGCCGACCGUGAAGCCAGCAAGAAGGCCAAGGAGGCUGCCAAGAACGCUGUCAAGAAGAACAAGCGUGUCCUCCGUGGCUCCGUCAAGGAUGCCAACUACUUCGUUGAGGGUGAUGCUUCCGUCGCCACCAUCGAUGCCGUUCUCGGUGACGUCGAGCUCAUCCAGGGCAAGAUCGAUCCCGAUGAGCUCGCUGCUCUCGCUGGCAAGCUCAACGGCCUCAAGGUCUCUGACGAGAUCAAGGCUGUCUGGAACGAGGAGGCCGCCCGCCUCGUCGGUGCCGGCAAGAUCAACGCCGGUGAUCUAAAGGCUCUUUCUGCUUAA